AUGGCCAUCGCGUCUCCCAAGAUCCUUUCCAUCUCGCACUACCGCACUACCCUACUCUUCCCUCCCGUCCUCCACAUUAUCCCAAAGGUCGAUGGCGUGGGCCUCCCACACUCGCGUCAUGGCUUUCACGCCCUCCUCUCUCCCCAUCGACGUCCCCCCAACCGUCAUCGUCGGCGAUUGCCUCAUCGAGACCUACCAUAA